AUGGACAGGGGCCAAUCUCCCCCUCUCCUUUCCCUGCCCAGCUGCCACACAGCGAGGACGCGCUUUGAGUGUGCGUUCCCUGCCGUGUCGUCACUUCCGUUUUGCUCUGCCGGGUUCCUGAGUCUGAGCGCCGCCUCCGGGGCUCCCUCGGUGUUUGAGGACCAGCUGCCAUGGACGAAGCCGAAGCUCACCGUGAUCCACUCGAAAGCUCACAGAGAUGCUAAAUUCUACAACUUUGAAGAUCAGAGGAAGAAAAGACUUUUGUGCGACAUCACUUUGAUUGUCGAAAACGUUCACUUUCGAGCGCACAAGGCUCUGCUCGCGGCCAGCAGCGAAUAUUUCUCCAUGAUGUUUGUCGACGAGGGAGAGAUCGGCCAGUCCAUCUACAUGCUGGAAGGGAUGGUGGCCGACGCGUUUGGCGCCCUGCUGGAAUUUAUCUAUACUGGCUACCUGCAGACGAGCGAAAGAAGCACAGAGCAAAUCUUGGCCACGGCUCAUCUCCUCAAAGUGAACGACUUAAUAAAAGCAUACACAGAUCAUCAGAAGAGCCCUACUCUGAACAAUCCGCCCUCCGCCGUCCCUGGCAAUGAGGCCGCCGUUGUCGUUUUUGUGGACGACACAAAAAGCGAGGGUCCGCCAAAGCGGAAACGCGGAAGACCGAGGAAAGUUAAGAACGUUCUGGAGGAAAAAUUGAGCCACCUUCAGCUGCCAAUGACGCCGUUAUUGAGGGGAGAACAACUCCGCUGCUCACAACCCGGCAAGAUUUCGCAAGAAGGGUUUCGAUGCUGCCGGGUAGCGGGGCAUCAAAAGCAUGAAAAUUGCGAUCCCAAGUCCCAAAGCAUACAGGCUGGUCAGAGUCAAUACAGCAAACGCAGGAUUCGGAGAUCAGUCAAAUUAAAAGACUAUAAGCUGAUGGGUGAUGAAGAGCAGCCAGCUGAAAAGAGGAGUCGUAUAAUUAAAACACACGGGUUCGAAGUCCAGUGCAAAGACUGUGGGAAGCUGCUUAAAUAUAACCAUUUUUUAGCUAUUCACCGGGCGAAGUCAUACAGGUAA